AUGAUCCACGCCAUCACAAGUGCAACCACGCCAACGCUCACGUUCAAGGUGAACAUCGGAGUCAUUCCUCUGUAUUCCAGCGCAGUAAUGACAGGAUCGGUGCUCUCCAUGAAAACCAAUCCUCCACACAGCAGACAGAACGAGGUGAUGAGCUCUGUGAACGGCUUGGUUGGAUUGAACGAUUUCUGCGGCCUGUUGAUGUUGGGACAUCAACAGUCCGGUCCAGAAAAUGGUGAACGCUGGGAACGGAUUAGGACUGAAACCGGGAGUCACGUGCGCAGGACGGUAGCCGUCAACCUCAAAGUCUGCACCAAACUCGGUGUUGAACUUCUCCAGUCUCCAGUCGGCCAUCUUGUUCUCUGCAAUAACUCCACAAAGUCCAGCCCCAAGAUACAAGAAUGCGAUCGAAACAUGCUGCAGAUCCUUGGCGGUCCAUUCACCGCCCGGCGAUGCCAGGUGCUCCAUGAAGAUGUUGGUGCAUCCGUAAAACAAGAUCAAAGAACUCUCGAGCAUCUCCAUCGUAACCAUACCUUUUUUAGGUUGAAUCUUGUACAAGAAGGAAGUUGGCUUUUCCAUUGGCGAAAUGUAAGACUUGUUCCAAGCCCAGCCCAUCUUGGGCCAACCUCCGCAAUAUCUGGCAAGAGAGACGAUUCCCAUGCUGAAGAAGACGCCUCCCUUGAUGAAAUGGGCCAGCAAGUUGAAAACAUGCUCGUUCAUUCCAAUGCAGCUCAAAACUGCAACUCCUGUUGGAGCCUGAAGAUUUUCGAAAGAAGCCUGUUGUAUCUUUGCGGCUCUGCCGAAGCGAACUCCAUUGCGUGCGGGGUGCCUGGUGUGCUUUCGAGGUCGAACGAGUCGUCACUGAGACGUUGCAUGUGGUCCUCUGGAUCAUACAAGGUGUUGGAAGGAGAAGCGUAUCCGUCCAUUGGGGACAAGGGGAUGUCUUUUCCCGGCAAUGGCAUAUGGUUGGUGUUGGAAGGACCCUCGAGCCAUUUUUUGGCCGUGUACACAAACGCACUGGCAACGUGA